AUGAGCAAUGAUACGACAAGUACUGAUGAUGGCUUAACAGUCAUUCAUGGACAAAAUGAUAGUGAUCAAUUCACAUAUCAAAUUCCAACGAUACCAUCUCAACAGACUUCAACAAAUGUUCCACCUACACAAAAACGAAAAGCCAAUCAAAUAGAUGAUUCUGACCAAUUAUUUGAAGAAAAUAAUCCGCCAACGAAAAAGGCUGUUGAGAUGGUAUCGUUGGAAUUUGAUAUGUGA